CUCUGGUCAUCUCCUGUACUGUGUCCGCAGUCUCUGGUCACUUCCUGUACUGUGUCCGCAGUCUCUGGUCAUCUCCUGUACUGUGUCCGCAGUCUCUGGUCACUUCCUGUACUGUGUCCGCAGUCUCUGGUCAUCUCCUGUACUGCGUCUGCAGUUUCUGGUCAUCUCCUGUACUGUGUCCGCAGUCUCUGGUCAUCUCCUGUAUAUGUCCGCAGUCUCUGGUCAUCUCCUGUACUGUGUCCCCAGUCUCUGGUCAUCUCCUGUACUGUGUCCGCAGUCUCUGGUCAUCUCCUGUACUAUGUCCGCAGUCUCUGGUCAUCUCCUGUACUGGGUCCGCAG